AUGAAAAAGCUUUUACAUGGCGACCAAACGUUCCUUCUAAACUGGACUGUACUUCGAUUAUGGCGUGCUCGGAAGACAAAGAUUGCGAGUGGAACCAGGAUCGCCGGUAUUGGCGCUUUUUUAUGUGUAAUUCUUACAUUUCUUCUGCUAGUCGGAGACAAAGUAUUGUCAGGAACUCUUGCUCCAACGUUACAGCGCGUCUAUGAAGGCACGUCCCCAGGCCCUAACUAUGUGCCAGGCGAUCCCCCGUUCUUUGGCGGUUUCAAGAUCAAUGAAGCGAUAUGUCCAUUCAAUGAAACGAUCAUUGGUAGCUACGAUCACGACGCUUUUCCACCUUGCACAAUAAAUGGAUCGAGCAAACCUUGGACACUCUUGGACGCUCCAUCAGCAUAUCGAGUGCUUGCGACAGGACUGUUGAAUCAAACAGGAGAAUACAACAACGAGGAUUUCAACACCCUAAAUGUGGCCUGGGAUGCUGGCGCAUUCAUAUACACCCAGCUUGUCACGCAUAUCGACGAUGUCACGGAUGAACAGCACGUUCUUUACUUCAAUCCAUGGUCAGCUGAGGAAUACAGCGAUAGCCCAAAAGUCAGCAAACUAGAUCUGACAAACCAGGAUGUAGAAAGAGUUGGUAUUGAUUACGUCGCCGAAACGAUUUCCGUUGUAACCGAGUGCACUGCAAUCACUACGGACUGUGGAAUCUACAACACUACAAGUGAUGCUUCCUCGAUACCAUAUCACUGCUCCAACGGCUUCUAUGGCGACUUGAAUGAGAUACCAGCAAAUGGGCUAGAGCGUCUCAAGGGCUGGAACACAACGUUCUUCGACUUUCACAAUGACCCUUCGCUGAACGUUUCCAUCGCAUCCCAAUUGAACCCAUUCAGCUACAACGUCACAGCUGUUGUAGACAGUAUCGAUCUGAAUGACCCCAUUCUCUAUGGAGACCCGCAGGUACCCGAAGGCAUUGUUGUUGAGAUCGGAGACGGGCGUGUGGGAUUCGCGAUGUCGUGCAAUUCUACGGUCUACGACGUUACGUACUCACUUGUCAAUGGUAGCAUCCUCGUCUUCAACACGACAUUGACCGCUCCCAGCAUCGCAGCCAUGAUCAAAGCACCACUGCAAGCUGGCUUUGGUAGCUACGAACUCUUUGAGAAAGCUGCCAUGUCGGUAUUGCUAUCUCAUUCGACGAUCCUGGACGCGAUGGAGCUUGCUUUCAGCCAAACCUUUCUGGCGCUUGUGGCUGGUGUCUACGAUCCGGCUCCGUUCAUCGAAAAGCGUUGGCGCUAUGAUAUGACGGUCACGAAGAUUAGAAAAGCGCCAUUCUAUUUUCUGGUCGUUUGCAUGUUCAUGUAUGCGAUCGUCGUUUUGGUAUUCACGUUGAUAGCCCUCAGUCUCUUCCGGAGGAGUAAUGUACGAGCUUUGCACGCUCAGUUGAUGUCUUAA